UUAAGUUAUACCUGCUUCACCAUAAAAACCCUCUACUUUCUUAAAACCCUCUCAUUGCAAACGCAUCACAUCAAACCAUCUUCACAUCCAAUACUUAAUCUCGCUCUCGUUUGAUCAUCUUUGCAGGUUCUAUCCAUCAUCAAGUCAAAUCAAAUAUCCUAAAAUGCAUUCAGUCGCAUCUACCUUCAUCCUUACCGCUGCUGCCUCAGUUUACCAAGUAGCUGCUCAAAGCUCUACUACCUCAAGCUCUGCUACACCUGCUUCUGGGUCAAGUGCCAGCACUGGAGGAGUUACUAGUCUCGUCGCUGGUCUAUCUUCGUCUUGUCAAGCUGCUGCUGGUUCUUUACUCUCGAGCGAAUUUGGUUCUUGUGCCAACAUUAUUGGUCUAGUCUCUGUGAUUGGAUCGAAAGGAUCAGUUGUUCCUUCCUUGAAUACUUGGAUCUCUGGAAUUUGUACCUCAAGUCCUUGCUCAGAUUCGACUCUCUCAACUGCUCAAUCGAGCAUCAACACUGGAUGUUCCGAUGAUGUGACUAAAGGAACCGCCUCCGCUGUCUCUUUGACCACCAUCGUUGGAAACUACAAGCCUAUCAGAAACAUGCUUUGUACCCAAUAUGUCUCCAACGGCACUUACUGUGUGCCUGGAAUCCUUACUGACAUCCAAAACGCCUCGGGAAAGAACAUCUCCGUCACUGAGGUUCAAGGAUUACUUACCCAAGGUUCAAGUGCUCUUCAAACCAUGCUUGGAAACAUCCCAAGUGGAACCUAUUGUACCGAUUGUGGUAAAGCUAUCUUCAUUGAAGCUGCUCAGAUCAAAGCCAAUGGAACUUCUACCAACGCUACCGCUGCAUCUGGAUCUUUAGGAUCUCAAUGUGGAGCUUCCUUCGUGGAUGGAAACUUACCUUCAACCGUUAGAAUCGGAAGCGCUGCCUCAUCAGCCAAGAACAGUGGAGUGGCUCAAGUGGCUCCUCAAUUCUUUACUCUUGCUUCUUUGUUAUCUAUGGCUGCCUACGUCAUGGUUUAAAAGAGAGAUUCAUCAUGCACCAUGUAGAACACGAUUUGUAUCACUACAGAGAAAUUGUGUACGAUCCCCUACAUGUAUGAUAGCCAAAAUAAGCUGGUCCUUUCCUUCUCGAUAGUUUUUCAUUUUACUCCCAUGUCUCUUUGUUCUUAAUGCUUUACUUUGGUCUACGCAAAUCGAAUCAAUAUCAAUUGAUUACUCAAAAAAAUCGUCUUAUUCUUCUCACUGGUUUCUCUAUCUCCUUUUUGUCAUUGUAUCGGAAGUACAUAACACCCAUUACCAACUGCAUCAGCGUAAUUAACAAGAAUAUUGUG